GUACCUCCUCCACAGAGGUUAAUUUUGGAGAGACAAAUGAACAAAAGUUUGCUUAUUGGUUGGGUACCACCAGAGGUCCCUCCUGGUAGGAUAGAAGGAUAUCAUGUGUAUGUGGAUGGAGUACCAAAAGCAACAAUCAAGUAUUCUGAAAGGACAAGGGCUUUAAUUGAAGGCGUUGAUUCCUCUCGGCCGCAUCGUGUCAGUGUUCGUUCUAUUUCUAGUUCUGGUUAUCAGUCCAAAGAUGCAGCUUGCACUAUUGUAGUUGGUAAAGAUUUUCCUUUAGCUCCAACAUGUGUUAAAGCUUCUCACAUCACAGCAUCAUCAGCUUUGAUUAGUUGGCUACCAAGUAACAGUAAUUUUCAGCAUGUAGUGGCAGUUAAUAGCGUCGAAGUCAAAGUUGUAAAACCAGGAUGUUUUCGCCAUCAUGUCACAGGUCUGUCUCCUAACACACUAUAUAGAGUAUCUGUCAGAGUUAAGCCAGGAAAACUUUUAUAUAAUGAUGAAAAAAAUCCGAAAAAAUUAGAAAUGUUGGUUAGUAACGUGGAGUUCAGAACUCUUCCUAAAGGUCUUCCAGAUCCACCUGUAAAUGUACAGGUGGAACAGGGUCCACAAGAUGGAACUUUGUUAGUCACUUGGUUACCUGUACCCACGAAUCCAGCAUCUAGUCUCAUUUCACCAGUCACAGGUUAUGCUGUCUUCGUCGCUGGGAAAAAAGUUGCAGAAAUUGACAGUCCAACGGGGGAUCACGCGCUCAUUGAUGGAUCACAACUCCUGACAUUGAACAAAAAGUGCAUUACAGUUAGAAGUAAAUCGAUGGAUGGCCUGUCAGCCGAUUCUUUAGUCUGUGCUGUUCCUAAUGAUCUUCUUCGAAGCGUACAAAAGGGAGAUGUCUUAGAAGAAAUGCAGAACGAAGGACGAUCGGAAUUAUCAGACAUUGUCGAGGAAGAGGAAGAAACAUCGACGGAAGCAGGGGAGGGAAAGCCCAAGAUGCUUUGCAAAGUAGAAAGCAUUAACGAAACCGAUGACCUGGAAUGCGAAGAUAUAGAAAAUGAUAAAUCGCAGUCUCAGGAGUACCAGUCAAAGUCCUCUCACACCGUCCGACGAAUGAAUCAGAACCCGCCAAGUAUUCAGGUACCUAGUCAAAGACGACAAGGCUGGAAGGAACAAUCAUAUAGCAAUCGGAGUUGUACUGCUAUAGAAGGCAAUGGAACAGUAGAACAUAGGAGCCGUAGAGAACACAGAAAUAACUCAGGACAGAUAGUACUCGAUUCCGACGAAACCCUAAGUGAUAAAGAAAUGUAUCUAUCUUCUAGAGCCAAUAUACCAUCGAUAGAAAUAACUAAAGAUACCGCAUGUGGAGAGGAUUGCGAUACUGGUUUUUCUGAUGAUGAAUACGAUCCUAGAAGACGCGGAAGUCAAAGACCAACUUCUCCAGAAGGAUACACGGGAUCCUCUUCACAGCAGAGGCCGCUACGUACUGAACCCGACGCCCAUCACUCACAAAAUUCACGAUCACACAGGGGACCACAAACUCAACAUCAUCAUUCACAACAACAUCCUCAAAGAGACAGAUCGUUGCCAAGGCGGCAACCUCAUGAUUCCACUUCAAGUAGAAGCCAGCCACCAGUACCACCUAAUCAAGCGGCAGCGGGAAGACAGCGAAUUUCUCCACAAUCGCACAACAUUCAGGACCAAAAUCGCAGGAGUACUUCAAGGAAUCAAUCGCCUGCCCAUGUUGCCUCAAGAAGUGGUCAACCAUCACCUGCUGAAAGAGAUUCUAACCACAGCUACUAUAAUAAAAGACGAAGUGUAGGAAACAUAAGUAGUGCGCCAUCGCAAACGAACAGGCGGAUGUCUGAUUUCCAUGAACCAAUGAGCAGGUACGAAGACCAAGGAAAUUAUGAUUCAUACUCGAGCCAUGUAAGUGACGUAGGAGACAACAGGGUGAGAUAUUUUGUGGCACUCUUUGAUUAUGAUCCGCAAUCAAUGUCACCUAAUCCUGAUGCCGCCGAUGAAGAAUUACCUUUCCAAGAAGGCCAAAUGAUAAAGAUCUAUGGUGACAAAGAUGCUGAUGGAUUCUACAGAGGUGAGUCGAAUGGUCGAGUGGGUCUCGUCCCGGGAAACAUGGUAUCCGAAGUGCAAGUUGAUGUUGAUCCAGUCUACUAUAAUGAUAAUACAUCAAGACCUCGUUCACUAGGACAAAUAGCUAUGGAUGAAAGGGAUGCUGAUUGGCAAUCGAGAAGAAUUAAAAAGAUGGUUGCAAUCUAUGAUUAUGAUCCUCAGGAAAUAUCUCCUAACGUGGACGCCGAGAUGGAGCUGUCAUUCAGCGUUGGAGAUGUAAUAUACGUGAUUGGUGACGUAGACGAAGAUGGCUUCUAUAUGGGCGAACUGAACGGCGUUAAAGGUCUCGUGCCCUCGAAUUUCCUACGUGAGAUGCCUAUCGAAGAAGAUGAGAAGCGGCAUGCCAGUAGCAGGCCCAAAGGUCAGGGGCGAAGCUAUUUAGGCCGGGCAGACUGUCAGUGGAAUGGAUACCAAGAGAGGAUUAUCAGCACGCCAAAAAUGCAGCUGAGCAAGUGGACCACAGACGAGAAUACCCAAGAAGUUCAGAAAAACCACAUUAUACAACAAAUGCUGGACACAAAGGAGCUCCGACAUCUUCAGGAUACGCACCGCCUUCCAAUUUAUGGGACGAAAGGGAGUUUGAAAGAGAAUCUACAUCCCGAGGACCACAUGUACCACCUAGAGGUCAACGAAUAUCCCACCAGACGGCUUUUGCAGGACCGACACCACCUGAUCAGCACUGGUAAGAGGCCAACUUUCCUUGAUCUCCAGGGAAGUCCUAUUUCUUGUCCAAGAAAUUAUAAUUUAUCUUCAGAAGAACAGAGAAUAAAAUACGCACCAGACUUCAUGAUUCCGGAAUGUUCACUGCCGAAGCAAAGCAGGAAAGGGAUAUUUUCAUCAUUUAAAGAUAUCUUCAAGGCUAAUAAGAAAAUUUAAGACUUGCCUUGACUUGCCAACCACAUCUUUAAAAUGUAUGACCGUUCAUAUAUAUAUAUAUAUAUACUAGAGAAAUUUAUAAUUUGACCAUACUCGUAUUUAAUCUUUGCCGACUGUUUACAUAAUGCAUUUAAGCUAAAAUUUCAUAAAAGUUACAACAACGUGCUUUAUUCGUUUUUCAACAUGCAAACGAAAAAAACAAGAACAAGAAAUAUGUAAAUGUUGAGAAUGAAAACAGAAACAAUAAUUUUGACGCAAUACCUCACUUGGAAUUCAAGAAAGAAAGAAAAAUCUGUGGGUUCUGAAUCUCCUCAAAGAGAUGUAUUAGUAAACCUUUCCUAAAUUCAAGUUCUUCCACUACACGAGAAGAAGAAACCACACACAAUACACCGUACUGCUGAUUUUUAAUUUAUUUAAUGGAAAGUUUCUAAAAUUAAAAUUCCUCUCUAUUAUAUAAAAAUGUCAUCUUUAUCUGUGAUCGAGUCACUUCAUUAUCAGAGAAUUUCUCUAAAGAGUAAUAUUUUUAAAGGGCUAUGUUUAAGUGUACAGUAUGCCUAAAAAUAUAUUGGAAGGUCAUUCUGCUAUAGUUAUAUUAUGUCAACCAUCACUUAAAAAUGAAAACUACUAUUUUAAUACAAAUUUUUGGAGAGAUUACAUCUCCUAAUAUAUUUCUCGGUUACACUGCUUAAUGAUAUAAGAAACGGCUUUUUCUUUCUCUUAAGUUGUUAUUCUUUUCAAAUACUUGCCCUUAGUCUAAAUUUUUGAUUUUCCUUUAAAACAAAAACAGAAAACUUUAUACGAUAAUACACCCCUCCCCAAAAUAUAUAUUAUAUAUAUACAUAAAUUUAAUUACAAUACUUCUAAAAAUGAAUGGUAUAUUUGCGCACAUUAAAAACAAAGUAGCUACGAUGAAAUCCAUGUAGAUUUUAAAUGUCAUCAUUGAGCAUUGUUAAUACUUACAUAAAAUCUUUCUUUGAAUUUCUGUGCAUUUUAGAAUGCAGUAAAACAAAUAAAUUCACAAUUACCAAUGAGUGAAGUAUAAGUAUUCAGUGUUGCAUAUUUAUAGUGCGUAUAAAUAUUCAUAACUAUUUAAAAUAAGAAUAAUCAGUAUUCCAAUAGCAUUAUUUGUAUAAAGGCCAUUUCUCUUUCUUCUUUAUUUUUUUUUUAUUUGGGAGGGAGGGGGUAAGUUAUCUCAUUUAUGGAACAACAACAUUCUUUGCAUACACCUUAGUUGGAAUGUUCACUAAAUUUAAUGCAUUCAUGCUAAUAAAGGCAAAUUCGUUAGUUUUAUCUUUUCUCUCUUUACAGAUGCAAUAUUCGUUUCUCCACUGCUUUGUACACAUAAAAUACCCCGCCUUUAUAGAGAAUUUGUUUCAGAGGAGAACAAUUAACACUGUAUCCCAUUGAGCAUAAGCCCAUGGAAUUUGAGUACCAGCACUGUUAAAAAAACACUAUUUACUGAAUAUUCAGUUUCAUAUAUAUUUUUAUUUUCUUUUUCUUUACAUAUAACUACAUAAUUUGCAUCUAUUAAAUGUAUUUUAAUAAAAAAAUAAUAUAAUAAUUAUUAUAAUAAUUUUAUAAUGAACAAAGAAUAGCAUAUAUGUCAAAUUGCAUGUACACAGAUACACGCAUAUUAUGAGCCACAAGUUAUGCAUUUGAUGGAGUAAAAUCCGAAACUUUUUUUGCUUGAUCUUUUUUUAGUGCCAGCUGAAUUUUCUAUAUUAAUAAAAGAAAAUUCGUCAGACUCACUCUAAACGUAUUCUGAUCCACUUAUGAUAAUUUGGUAUACUUAUGAUAAGAUUUGAGUUUGGUAACGAAUUCGAGGUAUACAGUCCAUUUAAAUUUCUUAGCUAUUAUUGUUUCUACAUUUCUUGCUGCGAGACAAUUUGAAAUCUUUGUGUUAUCAGCAAAGCAGAAAGAAAAGUUAUAUAUGUAGUAAUUCUUUUCAAGUAUUACAUAAGUAAUUGUAUCUCGGUGUAUAUAAUCCAAGAAACUGCAAAGAAAAAAACUUGAGCAGUUGAGCUGUUAAAUGACAUCAUAUUCUUAACACCAGUCUGUAUUUAACGAAACACUUUUAUUCGAUUUCUUAAAACAGUUUCGUGCAAGGUUACUAAUUGUAAUAAAUUGUAUAAUUUGAUAAACUUAUGAUAAUUUUAAGCGAAUAUUUAUGGAAUUACGAUAAUUAACCACGAUAAUUAUAAUUUAGUGAAGAGGUUUCUUAUCUUUGGGAGUUUUUCCACAUUCAGCUGAAAUACAUAUACCCUAAAACUUUCGCAUUACCUACUGUAAACUUUUAUUUGACUGCAAAAACUCAGUUACACAUUGAGAUCUUCAAUUUUAACUACAGCCUAAAUUGUCGAGAUAUUGCUCAUAGACUUUAUAUAUUCGCUGAAAAGCAUCAAAUGUGUAAACAGUUUGACAAGAAAACCUCUAGCUUCUAAUCAUUCAUGUUUUGCUGUAAAAUCCUCUCACAGGAGGCUAGUAUGUUGCACUAAUAUAUACGCACAAUUCUUUUCUCACAUACACAUACACACAUAAGCAAUUUAGUUCCAAAAUUCUCUCUCAUACUCUUCCCUUUGCUAUCAGACUUUCAGAUACAUUGACGGUUUUUUCCCUUUUACCUAACUUGUACAUUUUUUUCAUAAGUGCCUUUUGCCGAACGCUUAUUCCAACACCAUUUCAAUUUAGAAAAAAAAACUACGUGAGUGCUUGAAUUGCUAAUUUCUUCUAUUGUGCCUGGUACGUACAAGCAAUUUAUAAUUUGCAAUAAUUGCAUAAAUACAGUUUAAAAUAUUUAACUAAUAUAUAAAUAUAAAUGACAUAGUACGCAAUAUACAAAUCUCAAGAUUUUCAAUUUCUUUAAAUACUGUUCACCAGUAGCAGAAUGGCAAAUGAAGUAAAGAUAAAAUUAUGCUUCAUAACAGUUGGCUCAAUUUAUUUUCUUUUACAUAUAAAUAAGCCAUGCAAAAUUAGCUCAUUACAUAUUAAGCCAUGCAAAAUUAGCUCUAAUUUUUUCUAUUUUCUGGCUACUCGGAAAAUAUAGGGGAACCACAAUGCAAUCGAAAUUGUUACGGAAGAUUAUUAAUAAGUGGAAUAAUUUAGAAACUCAGGAAGUUUAUUACUUCUGGUGCAUUUGAAAUUCUCCGUUCUUCAGCUCCUGUGUAUAUAUUAUAAAAAAUUGUGACUGUAAAAGUGCUAUUUCCAAAUUUUUGGAAGAAACUUACGAAUUGUAUUGAACAUUGCUGAUGUGUGUCAAUAAUGUAGUUCGUAUUCUGCAUGAAUGUAAAACAUAUCUGUUACGGAUGACGUCUUCUGUUAUUGCAGUGUUGCAUUGUGAAGCUGUAAAUGCAAAAUGACGUUAAGUGCGUGCGAUAGAAUAAUGUAUAUAAGUGGAGAAAUAAAUGGCUUUCCGUGCACACGUUAUUUACAGUUUCAACACAGCUUAAAAAAUCUCAGUUUUACAUAAGCUUUUCUCGAAACUAGCAUUUGACCAUUUUAAUGUUUAUGAAUUACAAGCUUAUAGCAGAAUUUUUUGGCGCAUAAGCUCUUUUUAUUUCAGCUUCAGAUUUUCAGCUUUUAAAUGUCUUAGCAAAAUAGUUAAAUUUGAAAAUAGCCAAGAACUACUAUUCGGGUUUAAAACACUGAACCGUAGACAACUCUGUAUAAUGAUAUAAAAGCUUUUCUACGCAAAAAUUUGCACGACAUUUUUACACCUUUUACAUCAUUUAGACCCAUAGGAUAGCAUAGAUUCAAAUGUAGACAUAGAAAUGAGAAAGAAAAUCCUAAAAUUUGCCAAACGUGGCUAGAAACUCAUAAACAAGUACUAAUGGAAUUUAAGAAACAAAUAGCUGAAACAUAUUACAAAUUUAAAUUCAAGAAAGAAUGCCGAUGAGUUUUGUUAUUCAAACAGACAAUGAUUUAAAACUUUAAAAACAAUUCCAGUUUUGAAUACGAAAAUGUGCAACUUAUUAAAUCACAACUACCUAAUAUUAUAUAUAAUCGUUAUUAAAUUAUUAUAAAUGAGAAAGCUGUGAAACACUACAAACGAAUUGUACUUCACAUUGUUUUUAAAAUUUCAUCUUCGUUGACGCAGUAAAAUAAAUCUUAUAAUGAUAAGAAUUCGAAUAUGAAUCAUUCUUUGAAUCAAAAAAAAAAUCUAAUUUUGGAAAAAAGUUUGCACUUCAGUAGAGUGUUUUCACAUGACAGAGAGAAAGGAAAAGAAUCUUAUACAUAUAUAUGUAUGCAGUAACUUUUCACUGCGGUUACUAAAAUGUUCCCUCAGAUAUUGAUUUUAGCUAUCUUUUGAAAAUUGAGAAAUCUACUGAAGUUACAAUGCUCAAGGAUUCUAAUCUUAAAAAGGGCUCAUUUCAUGAGAAUUUUCCACGGAAUUUAUAUUAGUAAUGGAAAAAAAUUACGAAAAUAAGAGCCAAGUCAGUAGCCGCAGUCGAACCUGGAAUUAACUAUCAAAUGUUCAAUGGUCUUAUCUAUUUGGUCGAUAAUAGAAUGAAGCUUCAUUCAGAUUAUCAGCUGAGGAAUAACGUAUGGCAGUAUUUAAAUGUCAUGAGUGACAUCACUUUUUUACACCCUCUUUAAUAUCUAGACCGCAUUAUGGCAAAACUACGAAAGUUCUAGAGAUAAUCCGAAAAAUAUAUUCGCAAAUCUAUUCAAUAAUCAACACUUAAAUCAACAAUUAAUGAAACUGAACUUAGACUGUAUAGGUCUAGAAACCGUUUCCAGUUUCAAAGACAAAAUCUUACAGCUUACGGGCGAUUAAAUAUAAAAUAUUUCAAAUGUAUUUCUAACAUUAUUAACAAAUUAAACUACAUGAAAUUACAAAACUGAAUUUUAUGUAACUGAAAAUCCUUUCAUAAAUUUUCAUUCUUAGUUUCAAUGUCGAAAUUUAAACUAAAACUACAUUCCCAAUCGUGACAUAUUAUUUUCUAUCCCUUUCAACAAAAAUAAAUCUAAAAAAAAAAGAAAAAAUACUUAUGCAAUCAUAAUUUCUCAGAUUAAUAAACAGCGCAGAUAAAUACAUCAAACUUUUAAAUCCCCAAGUCCCAUUUUCAUAAUUUUGCAUCACAGAAUGAGAUUUUUAAGGUUCCCUAAUUAAAAGCAUAGCAUUGAUUACUGACAUUUAAGACGUUUUAGUCUUAUCACACAGGAAAGUAACCUAAAACUGUUUUUAUGCUAUAAUAUAAAGAUUUCUUUUUCCAAAUAAAUGUGCCUUUAUAAAAGCGAAAAACGCAAAUAUAGAAUUUACCAGUUUAAAAUUUGGCGAAUAUGUAACACAAAAAAUACGGAUUGAAAUCAGUGCACAAUCAACUUCAUGAAAAUGUAUCAAUGAAGGAAAGGAAUGACAGAUAUCGUGAAACUAAUUUCAUUGAAAGAAUUGCUGCCGCAAAAAAAAAUUCAGUAAAUUCAUUACUGCCAAUAAAUCGUUUCAAAUUUCAUUAACAAGAAUGUAAAUAUUAUACAUUAUUAAAGAUUUCUAUCAAAAAUAAUGCCGAAAAACUUAUACUUGCCAAAGGUUGUCUUGGAUUUUAGAUCAUAUAUUCGAUAAAAUAUUCUAGAUACAAAACAGAAUUUAGUAGAAAAUAACUUUUUUUAUCUUCAAAUUAAAAACAAACGCAUUUACUUAGCAUAUAUGCCCAACAUUUAAUUUUAAAGGAAAAAAUAUGGUUAGACAAAAACGUAUUUAGAUCUCACAGCAUAACCGAAAUACAGAAACUAACUAUUUUACACGAAUUUAAUAAAAAUGUAUUUAAAACUAACCUAGAUUAUUUUAACAUAUCAUUUACAUAUUCACACAAACAGACAUAAAGAAAAAAAAUAUUGUAAAUUAGACGCGAAUAAAAUUUUUGGAAUUGAAACACGCAACAUUUCUUUCUCCAUACUUUAAUUUAGACUGUAAAUAUUUUGCACGUUAUCUUUGAAUUUCGCAGAUGUUUCAUGUGAGAAGCCCAUUAUAAGAAAUGUAGACAACUACGUAAUUAACUUGCCUUAUUUUUCCCGUUCUGAUUGUUGAAUACUUCGAAAACUAUUUAAUUCAAUGAAUAUUUUAUAGCGUAUUUUUAAUAUGAGGCGCUACAACUUGUUUGCAAGUUAAAGAUAUGUUUCAUACACAAAUUUAACAACUUGCAUUUUAUAACAAAAGCCAGCUUCACAAUGCAGUUCUUGUGAUAAUAUUCAUUAAGCCUAAUGCUUUCUUAUGUCUCAUUCGUUGCGGGACACAAUAAUUGUGAUGAAGUGAACUCUUUUAUCUGUAUACAUAUCUUUAACUGUGCGAUGUCUCAUGAAGACUUUUCUGUAACGCAAAUUUAUUAAUAAAAUGUUCAUCACUAAAA